GCGUGUCGAAACAAAGGACAUAGGGACUCCACAAUGGGAGAUAGUUUUCGAGAGCAGCUGACAGAGGACAGUGCCUUCCUCAAAGCUGACCGCAGACUGGACACGGAGCUGGUUGACAAAGUCAUACUGCAGCUCAACAGGAUCUACCCACAGGUCCUCACAGACAAGGAGGCCACCAGAUUCCGGAACUUAGAUGUGCCAACUAGUGUCCGACUGGGUGAGCUCCUGACUCAUCUGCGGGGGAAAGGAGAGGAAGCUUGCAAGGAGUUUUACAGAGCUCUUCACUUGCAUGUAGAGGAGGUUUACUACAGUUUACCAACACGGCUCCGCCUCAGAGAUUCAUUAGAUCCACUAAAACAUCCACAAGCCUACCAGCAGAGAUACGUUCUGAAUGACCGAGGUCCUGUCUUCUUCCUCGGUUGUUUUGGUUUUGCUCUGGGGAUGGCUUUACUCUAUUACUACAGUGAAUCUAAAGUGACUGGAGGCAGCCGGGCACUUGGGAUGGCAGCUCUGGGUUUGAAGAAAAAAGCUCAGGAGGUUCUCAUAUGGUACAAUAAAGGAAGCCUCAUGAUGUAAUGAUGGAUUAACCUCAUUAUAACCUACACCAGGAGCUCCUUCAUUACAGCUCAAACUACAUAAAUGCAACUUGUACCAAAGCAAUCCACACUAUACUUUUUCAAAAGUUAAUAUUAUACAGCUGUUUAUACUGUAUUUCUUUGAUUGUAAUUAUUUACUGACAAAGAUGGGACAUAUUCGGAGCAAUUUGGUGCUUUGGUUAAAAGUGUUUGUCACAUUUGCAUCUAUGUAAGGGGUAUUAAGGGAAAAUUAUGCACAAGGGUGAAAAACUAAAAUUUUACCUUGAAUAUUUAAUACAGUAUUUUCACUAAAACUUUCCAUUGUAUCAGAAAGCAACUUUUACAAACCACCUAAUUAGGAAAAAUAGACACUAGCAAUGAUUUGUGUAAUGCAUUUUAAAAAUGAAGUACUGACACUCAGAUGUGCAUGUAUAGGGGCCUAUAACCUCUAUGACCAUCCUAUAUUUACAUCACUACAUAAACCCAAUCUCCAGUCAGUUUGCAUGUGGACAUACAUUAAAUAAUAAUCAAUGAUUGUGUAAAGAAAACUUUGGCAGUGUAUGGGCUUGCAUAUACUUGGGUGCUUAUGCAUAUUUGUUGUCCAAAAUUUAGCUGGGUUCAAGCAACACUAUGUGUGUUUCUAUUUUGUUUUUUUUCUUCCAGAGUAAUUUAGAAAUAUCUUUCUUUUUCUUUACCAUUGAUGGCAAGUACUGUGCACUAAAAAGCACCACAUUUUAAUUUCCACUCACAAUACCUUUCCAAACAAAUAGUCAGGUGAAAUUUUAUUAUAAAACAUUAAAAAUCUCUUUCUCAGGGCAGAGGUGCUUUUUGAAAAGGUGCUGUUAGUAUUGAUAGGCCAAGACCGCCCUCUAAUGGCCAAAAUAGUCACUACAGCACCAAACACAUUCAGGUUUGUGUUCGUUUUUGUCGAACUGCAGGGGCUUAUUUCCAAGCUGUAAAACAAUUCGGCAUGUUAUCAACCGGAAAUAUUAUACGGCAAGGUUUCAUGAUGACAUUACAGAUGCAGUUUGUAGCUUUGGGAGACCUUAAUUGCUCCAGCCAACGAGAUCGCACUGUACUGCCGCAGUGCAUUUUGGGUAGAGAUAGGAGGAAAACGAAUAGACGUAAAUUUGAGUAAAGUAAUUCAAAGGUGCAAACGCCGUCGAAUACAUUUCUAUGUAACGAUUUGAUUGUCUUGUGAUAAAAACAACAUUUCUAGAUAACGUUUAAGCAGCACCGUUAGAGAAACCGGCAUGUCUCCGUCAGUGGAUAUAUAGUGACGUAUUUCUUGAUGUUAGUUGUGUUGUAUGAAAGGAGAGAAGGUUAGCACUCCCCUUGACAAGGAUGGAAUUGGCCCCUGUGGUCUGCAACACGCAUACGGUUAAGGCAUUGCCACCUACUUCGUGGCAUCUCUAACCAAGUUUUUUAUAGUUUUUUUCCUUUAUCCGUACACUUGCUCUAAUCGCAGUGGUGUUGUCUUUUACCUCCUUGUGCAGUAACACCCCCCUCUCCCGGACUAUUCGCGUUUCCCUUUAGUUACGUAAACACCGGAAACGGGCUCCAUGUGUUGUUUCCAGGGCAGCAUGCAUUUAUUCUUUCCCGUUUCCCUCUAACUUUGUCUACCACCCAACUCACGGAGGAUGGUACACAUUGGAUGUCUGUCGCACACAUGAAUCCAUUCACUCAUUCAAAAUUAAAGUGCAAAAGUAAAUGUGGCCUUAAUGUUUAUUGCUAAAAAGCAUAUAUUAAAAUUGUGAUGUAUGUGAAAAUACUUUUUCAGUCAGUAGGCUGUGUGGUUUUACAGUGCCUUUUGCCAAGUUAAUAUUGAUCUUCUACAUUUAUACUAAGAUUGAAAAGAUAAAGUAAAUUUUUAAAAAAGGGGCAAGUUGCGGUAUUUCCUGAACAGGUAACACACAAAAGGGCUUCCAAACAUAAAAUGGUGCUGUGUGAAAGUAUGUAUUUGUGGCACUCAUAUGUUUAGAAUUUCAAUUUCAGACAGAACUAAAGAUAUUUUUACAGCUUGUUUGUAUUUGUUAUUUAUUUCUUGAAGGUUUGUCUGCAUAAUUUGUGAUAAUCUCUGACUUAUUCUACCUGCUCAUGGAGAUCCUGUGCCAGGCAGUUUGUGUUAACAUGCCUUAAGAUGAGAUGUGCCAUCAUUUCUGUCAUUCACACCUUUAUGUUUACACAAUAACAAGCAAGCUAAUAAAGAAAAACACAACUCA